AUGUUGCCUGCAGUGAUCUGGAUCUCCGUGAUGAUGGGCUUCGCCGUCAGCAGACCGUCUCUCAAUUACCUGGAAAACCACUUUACAGUGCAGAACGAGUCUGAAGAAGUCCGUUCCGAGGCGAUUAAGAGGCUUUUGGAGGUGUUUGGGAUGGAGGAUCCUCCAGCUGCACUGGUUCGGGGACACAAACAGCCUCCCCAGUACAUGCUGGACCUGUACAACACCAUCGCAGAUGUGGACGGGGUCACCAAAGACCCUUCGCUCCUGGAGGGAAACACGGUCCGAAGCUUCUUCGAUAAACUGCACAGUGAGCAUGUGGAGUUUCUCUUCAACAUGUCCACGGUGGCCAAGAGUGAGAAGAUCCUGACGGCCGAGCUUCAUCUGUUCAAGCUCAGGCCUCAAGCGUCUCUCGCCUUCAACAGACACCACUUCUGUCAGGUCAGUGUCUAUCAGGUUCUCGACGGCAGUAAAAAGAACGUCUCGCAAGGGAAGAAGCUGCUCUCGUCCAGACUGGUUCCCAUCCAUUCCACCGGCUGGGAGGUUUUCACCAUCACUCAAGCCGUGCGCUCUUGGACGUCAGAUGAGGGCAGUAAUCUGGGGGUCCUGGUCUCGGUGAGGACUCUAGCAGGUCUUCAGAUGGAUCUGAAAAGCGUGCGUUUCGCAUCCGGCCGUCAUCAUCAUCACAGCAAACAGCCCAUGCUGGUCCUGUUCACCGACGACGGCAGGCGGGCGGCAUCUCUCGAGACUCCUAAAGGUUCAGAUGAUUCUCCCGUUGGAGCAAGUCUCCCGUUUCCCAGCCUCCCUCUCCCCGCGGCGGCCCGUCGAAGCGCUCGAUCCGCAGGCUUUGACGACAGCGCGGAGAAGAUGCCGUGUCAGCGUCUGCCUCUCUACGUUGACUUCGAGGAGAUCGGCUGGUCGGGUUGGAUCGUGUCUCCGCGCGGAUACAACGCUUAUCACUGCAAAGGCUCCUGUGCGUUUCCCCUGGGUCAGAACAUGAGGCCGACCAACCACGCCACGGUCCAGUCCAUCAUCAACGCCCUCAAACUGACCAGAGGCAUCGAGACGCCCUGCUGCGUCCCGGACAAACUCUUCAGCAUCAACCUGCUGUACUUCGACGACGACGAGAACGUGGUGCUAAAGCAGUACGACGAUAUGGUGGCGGGAAGCUGCGGCUGUCACUGAGAAACGCCGCGCUCCUGUCAAAACACGGCAGUGUUUAAACUGGGAUGAAA